UGUUCGACGUUUCUAGAGGUAUGUCGUUUUCACACGCCAAGGGUAUUCUGCAUCGCAACCUGAAAUCGGCGAACGUCGUCAUUUUCUCCAAUGGCCGCCUGAAGCUGUGCGACUUCGGCUUGUCCAAGGUCAAGACCGACCUCUCAAGUGAGUCGAAACAAGGGGCUGUGGGGACCACCCAGAGGAUGUCUCAGGAGAUGGACGAGAGCGCAGCAAAUGAGCUCAUCGAUGUGUACAGUUUUGGCGUUCUGUGCUUCGAGGUGGUCACCCGCAUAGAACCAUUCAAGGAAAAGAAACGCGCACGUAAUCGGGGCGGUGCUCUACAGAGAAGAGCGUCCUCAAAUUCCAGAAGGGGCGUCUGCUUCGCCCGAUGUCGUGGCUCUGAUGGAGCAAUGCUGGAAGCAAAACCCCGCAGAUCGCCCCGCGGGGCUUAGGCCCGUGGUUCAGGCGCUGGCAGACAUGGUUCGACGCGUCGGAGACCCUCGCGUAGGUGGUCCAGCACCACGCACGGUCAACGGCGGUGUUGACGCGUCCUUAAGUUCGUCUGACCCCGCGUCCCAAGCGGCUGAAGUCGAUACCGGGCCCUCUCCUGACAAGAGCAAGGGAUCUGCUUCCGCCGAGUCCGGUAUCGGUAGAGAUGGGUUUACACUCGAGGGGGGACUACACGGCGCGCUGCAGAGGAUACAGUGGUUCCGGGCGCAGGGAAUAUGUACGCGCCCUUUGCGGACCUGCCGGUCGCGAGCAAGGGCCUUCCUCCGUCGAGUGGAGCUAGCAGUGGCCCAUUCAAGCAGCUCGGGAAAAUGUUGGCCGAAAAGCUCAGUACGAAGGACAAAAACGAGGAAGAGGGCCAACAUCAUAAGCCUCCCAUGGCUGGCGGUGGCACGAUGUCCGAUUCUGACGACCAGAAGGUCGCUACGGAUCUCCGCGAACGGGCGGACAGCUUAAGAUAACAGGGCCACCAAGCAGAAGCUGCGCCACUCUAUCCUCGUGCUGUAGAGAUUCAAGCGAAGAUCCUAGGGCGUGAUCAUCAAGAUGUUGCUACGACGCUCAAC